AGGUUGUUCCAAACUGAGCGCGCUAAAAACAAACACAAAUCCAUAGCGGAAAAAAACAGAUUUUAUAUAUUUUAAAUUAAUUACUUAAACAGUGAGCGUGAAAAGUUGUAAAGUUUUUUGUUCUUAAAGUUAAAGUGUCAGCAAAAAAAAAAGAGAUAAGAUUCCAUUUAACAUUCGUUUUUCUCAAGUAAAUAGCCGUCGCAAAAAUGCCACCAAAUGCCGCAACAUUACCACCUCCAAACACUUUGCCGUCCACUUAUCCUGAUAUUGAUGAUAAGUCAUCGAAGCAGACGGGAGUUUUGUUUGAAGCAGAUGCAGAUACAGUAGAUGGAGCCUUGGCCACCGAUAUACGUCCUCUUAAGAAGGCAGAAAAACGGAAACUAGCUCUGGUUUGGCGCAAUAUUAUUCUUUUCGGUUACCUACAUUUGGCCGCUCUAUAUGGUGGAUAUUUGUUAUUGUUCCAAGCAAAGUGGACAACUAUAGCCUUCGCUUUUGCAUUAUACUCUAUGGGAAUGAUAGGCAUCACCGGUGGAGCUCAUCGUUUGUGGGCACAUCGCUCUUACAAAGCAAAGUGGCCCAUGCGACUGAUUCUAAUCAUCUUUAAUACAAUUGCUUUCCAAGAUGCCGCCUUCCACUGGGCCCGUGAUCAUCGUGUGCAUCACAAGUACUCGGAAACCGAUGCUGAUCCUCAUAAUGCUACCCGUGGCUUCUUCUUCUCCCAUGUGGGCUGGCUUCUGUGCAAGAAGCACCCUGAUGUUGUAGCCAAGGGUAAGGGCUUAGAUUUGUCUGAUCUUCGGGCUGAUCCCAUUCUGAUGUUUCAGAAAAGACACUACAUGAUCUUGAUGCCAUUGGCCUGCUUUAUUUUGCCCACUUUGAUACCAGUGUACUACUGGGAUGAGUCGUUACUAAAUGCCUGGUUUGUGGCCACAAUGUUUCGUUGGUGCUUUCAAUUGAAUACUACAUGGCUGGUUAAUAGCGCAGCACACAAGUUUGGCAACCGCCCUUACGAUAAAACCAUCAAUCCAUCGCAAACCGCCAUGGUGGCGUUCUUCACCUUUGGAGAGGGUUGGCAUAACUACCAUCAUGUAUUCCCAUGGGACUACAAGACGUCCGAAUGGGGAAAUUACUCUCUAAAUCUGACUACGGCCUUUAUUGAUUUAUUUGCCAAGAUCGGAUGGGCCUAUGACCUUAAAACCGUUGCUCCCGAUACGAUUGAAAGGCGAGUACGUCGUUUAGGCGAUGGCACGCAUGAAAUUUGGGGCUGGGGUGAUAAGGAUAUCACCACAGAGGAUACUCAAGCUGUGCUCUUGGUCAAUAAAAUGGCAGACUAAUCCAGCUACAAACUUUUCAACGAAUCUUGUCAACAAAUAUUAUUUAUCUUAAUUGUAUGUUAAUCGUAAUGUUAUCAAUAUAGUUUAAGUGGUACCACAAUGGUUGAUUGUUUUUCAAUGAUUGAAUAAAUUAUAAUUAACAUUAGUUACCGUAA